CUUCCCCCGGAUGCGGGCCGGGAGGGCCGGGAUGGCGCUGCCCACCCCGCGCUACGAGCACCUGGGCCCGCGGGGGCCCUUUCGGGACGUGUACGAGCCGGCCGAGGACACCUUCCUGCUGCUCGAUGCGCUGGAGCGGGACGCGGGCAGCCUGCGGGAGGCUCGGUACGGCAGGGCGGGAGUUGAGAUCUGCCUUGAAAUAGGAUCAGGAUCUGGUGUGGUUUCAACAUUUCUGGCUUCUUCCAUCCUUGGACCCAGUGCACUGUACAUAUGCACAGAUAUAAACCCCAUGGCAGCUUACUGCACCCAGGAGACAGCUCUGCUUAACAAUGUUCACCUGCAGCCCAUCAUUACUGACUUGGUCAAAGGAUUAUCCCCAAGAUUAAAUGGGAAGGUUGAUCUACUGCUGUUUAACCCACCAUAUGUGGUAACACCUUCUGAAGAGGUGAAAAGCCAUGGAAUAGAGGCAUCCUGGGCUGGGGGCAAACAGGGCAGAGAAGUAAUGGAUAGAGUUUUCCCAUUAGUACCAGACCUGCUUUCACCAGGAGGAUUAUUCUACUUGGUCACAAUUAAAGAAAAUAAUCCAGAUGAAAUUCUGGAAACAAUGAAGAAAAGUGGCUUAAAAGGCACACAGAUACUUUCCAGGCAAGCGGGACAAGAGAUGCUGACAAUCCUCAGAUUCAAGAAAUCUUGAUAACUCCUCUUCACCUGCCAGGAAACCACAGAGUGAGACACAGCGUUCUGAGAGUGGGCUCCAGGAAGUCUACUGAAGAUUACCUUUUAACACUGUGUGAAGGAGGUUUUAGUGCCUUAAAGGAACAGCAGUGUUGCAGUGUCCCAUCAGCUCCUUGCUUGUCCCUGGUGAUUACAGAGCUCAGGAUUUGCUGCUGCACUUGCCAAGGUGGCCCUUGCAGCUUUACUCCUGGUAAAGGAAGGAUCAGCUCCUUCAUUUUGAUUUAAGUCCUUCACAACGUGAGAUUCUUUGCAUCUCCCCACUUUUCCCUCAGCAAUUUCAGUUUCAGGAGAUGAGCUGAGCCUUGUUAAACCAAAGCACACAUCUUGAGCCAGGUUCUGUAUUGUAGGCUGAGCUUGGGUGCUCUCACAAGGGGGCUCAGUCCAUUCAGUCCAGAGCUGGUUAAAGCUCCACUUGGGAGUUUGUUGUCUGUAAAACAUUUCCCUAAGCGCAAUCAUGGGUAGCUGUUGGAUUUGUCUUGAGGUAAUGACAGGUUUCAGAAAUAAAGGGAGGGAGAGAGCAAUUUAAAGCUAAUUAUAGAAGAAUUAAGGUGAGAAGGUGUCAAUUACUGCAGUGAAAUUCUGAAUUUGAGCUAUUUUGUACACUGGAGGACAGAUUAAAAAACCACUUGAGGCAAACUAACAUACAAACCCCUCCUAAGAAUGUCUAAAGUCCCUAAAUGAUUUUCUUCCACAAUAUCUUCAAGUGAGCUGCAGUAGCUCUCUCUAUUCCAGCUCUCAUCCUGCACUUUCUGCUUCUACUCAAGAUGUGCUUUUGGAUAUGACCACCACCACACAAGCCACAAAAUUCCAGACCCCUUGUAAAAAAAGUGGUGGUAUGAGAAAAAAACAACAAAAAAACCCAACAAGCCAGAACUUUCACAGACUGUCUCUCCUCCAGCCUAUGCAAAUAACAAAUGUCAAACCUAAUUAUCAAUACCACUGUGGCCUGAAAGUUGUGUGCACUUGAUCCUACUGCAUCCUAGAUAUGGACUGAACUGCCUUCAUUCAGUUAAAAAGGUAAAAUGUCACCAUCAGAAUUUAGCAUGGCCUAAUUACUAAACUUUAAAUAUUUGCUUCACCUGGUUCUGCAUCAGCUUCCACACAAAUCCUGACUGAUACAUUGAUUUUGCAACUGUGCACAUGCUGUUUCAUAUAUUAAUUCUCUGCACAAGAAGAUUUUACAAAGGGUAUGUUUAUUUCUAUUCUGGUUUUCCAUUUCACAACAAGAAGCACUUGAUCUUAAUGUGCUGUGACCUGGAAAUGACUGAAAAUGAGAAGAUAAUUGUUGAUAAAUUCAUCAGUCAAGAGGUUGCCUGAAUUUGCCAUUGAUACAUCCUGAGAUGUCAAGACAGGUCAGAAUUCUGGAAGUGUGUAAACAAUCAAACCCACACUUGAUUAUAAUUUUUGAUGGGUUGAUGUUAUUUGCUCAAUUUUCAUAAAGCCCCUAAGGGAGAGGAUCAAACUGUGACCUUUUUGGUUUCUUCCACAUUUCAGUAACCCUACCUGAAUAGAUCUGAGGCCUUGGAUAGCUGCAAAGUCCUGUACCUACAAAGCGUUUACUGCAGUGUCAAAAUGCCCAACAAUCAUUCCAUCUGGUAUUCACUUGGAGCAGAAGGCAUCAGUAGGGAAUUUCUGUCACUAUGAAGAAAAUCAGGAAUUGACAGGAAGCAGAGGUUUUGUAUAACCAGUCCUGAAACAGACAUCAGUUAUUGCACAGAUCCCCAGCUGCUUCAAUAUCUGAUGUUACCUUAAGCUACAGCAGCACCUCCCUCAUUUUUCCUGUCCCCAUCCAUUCCUCCUGUCUUGUAUUACACCACUCUAAGUGAACUACCACAUGUUCUUAAUCCAUGUUCUUGGUUGAUAAAAUAAGAGAUCAUGCAUAAAUUCUAUAAAAAAGGAAUACCUUUAUUUUUUUUUAAAGAGACCGUUUUUUCAUUACCAAGUGAAAACUUUACAAUGUAAAGUAUUUCUCUUCAGUAUUGUUUUAAUAUAAAAACUUAAAUCCCUUACUCUGGUCUUAUGGUUCCUACAGGAAGUCUUGUGGUACUGCAGGACCCAGGUAUCUUCAGCCUCACUCUAGUAUCUAAUCAUAAGUUCAUGACUGUUUUUUAAAUAAAACCAUUUCUGUGGCCACUCACCAUGAACAAAACAUUCCUACCACCAAAACAAAAAUAAAGCAUCUUCAUUAGACCAAAAGAGACUAAACUCUAACAGCACUAUUACAGUGAGAAGCUUUGUUAAAAUAAAAAUAUUUUGAAAGUUAGACACGACUUUAAAAUUGUACAAAGACAACGAGCACUCAAAUUACACAGAGUAAGUAGCAGUGAGUACAAUGUGAAUGCAACAACAAGUGGGCCUUGCCUCUCUUUAUAUGCAAAUAUAAAUAGAGAUUAUCCUUGUCAAACUUCCAGCUUUUUGCUUUCCAUUUUCCUGAAAACCAGCUCAUUAUGCUGCAAAACCUAACAGGAAACAUCUCACUCUUCAGUUCAACAGAAUUGCUAAAAGGGGCUCUGGCUAAAACCAGCCUUUAUCAUGAGAAUAUCCCAUACUUUGCAGGACAAGUUUCUCUCUCAGUUGAAAAACAGAUUUCCCUUUCAUUAUGCUGAAUGUUUCACCUUCCCAUGGGACCUGCCAAAUUACAGUCUUCAAAAUUAUUAAAAUUUUUUAAGCUUGCUCAUGUUUAUUCAAGAACAUGCAAGCUGAAGCUAUCAUUGUAUAUCCAUGUAAGGAGUCACACAACAGAGAGUGCUCCUGUUUGGAUUUUACUCUUUGCACAUGUUGAUUCAAGAAAAACACUUGGGUUUAAUUUUAGCUAAUUUGGCUAUGUUAGUUUAAGUAUUGGUCAAAGAAGAAAAUAUGUCUUCUUUUAUUUUUUUUUCUAUUACAUUUAGAGUUCAAAUAUAUUCAUAAAACCACCUGGCAGAAAGUAUCCCUUAGAGCUUGUUCCUACAUUUGGAUGCAAUGUGAAAAGCUGACAUUGUUACCAUCCUCCCUUUACUUCUGAGAGUUUUCUCCUUUACAGGAAAUACAUUCCUGCGCAAGAAAUUAAACAUCCAUGGUGACUGUUCAAACAACUCCAUCACAGCCUCAAAUUUACUUUUAUUCCUUAGGUUUAGAUAGAUGAGGAUUUAGUUAUUCCUUAGGUUUAGACAGAUGAGAAAACUUCUGCUGUAAAUCUUCCCUGAGAUGAACAGCAAUUAAAAGGAAGUUAUGCUUUAUCCAACUGCAGCCAUACUGGCAAAAUUUCGUUAUGAAUUAGAGUGUUUGCAGGACUCUGUUUCAUUACAGAAUGCAAUCACUUAUUCAUAUUUUCUCUAAAAUGUCUUGAUGAUUUGGGUUAUGUUCAUGAUUCUAAACUUACACAUUCUUUCUAGAUCACCUGGAAGUGCUUUAUUUUUCAUAGCUUUACUCCAUUAUUAAUGUUUGUUGUCAAGAUCAACAUCUUGAUUUUCAAAAAAGCUCGAAAAGUAUUGUGGCUUCAUUUUUAAAUGAAAAUAUCCUAUUACUAAGGCAGCAGUCCUGCAAAGUGAGUUCAUUACACUUACCAGUAUUUUUAUUUUUAUGUAAAACUGUAACUUUUAAAACAACUUGAUUUUCUUUUUUUUCUUUUUUUUUUUUUCCAGUUAUACAAGAGCCUAAUUAAUGUUCCCAUGAAGCAUUUCAAAACGUCUGUCAGUCAGUCAAGGGAAGAAUAUACAGCAUCUAAACUAUAAAAAAUUGUUAUGGGGUGCAGUCUGGAAAAUCCCACGUUAGCAAAAACUGAGUGAACUGGCCCAAAUUCAUACCUUUUGACCAUCCCAUUUUUCUAGCUGCUUUUGUUUUCUCAAUAGCCCAUUAUUCUCUAUUUGCUUCAAUUCUAAGAUACCACUGCUGAGGUUUCAAAAAAGAUUAAAAUAUAAAGCAAGGAUAUUGUUUCACUGUAAGAAAACAGCAGCUGUGAGAAAAUACUUUCAAUUCUUGUCAGGACAGAAAAGGCUAUUGGCAGUUUACCUUUCACUUGGCUU